AGUGUUGCGACAAAGAAAUCGUAGCCACGCAGAAGAAGUGCUAAUCGCCAUACAAUAGUGCAAUUGAUGUCCCGUUGCUCCGUCCCACUGUAUUGUUCUCAGCCAUGCGAAAGUCAAUGCAUUACCUUUUCCUCUUUUUGCUGGUGCUGUCCUGCCUCUGCCUACAAACAAACGCAGUGAUAGUUGGCAUAGAUUUCGGCAGCGACAGUUUCAAGGUCGUCUUGGUAAAGUCGAGAUCGACCGACAUCGUUUUGAACCGAGAGUCAGAAAGGAAAACAAUUAACGCAUUCUCAUACUCGCCGCACGGAAGAGUGUUCGAAUCUUCUGUUUUGCAAAUGAUGGAGAAAAGUCCAGAGCAAGUGUACCAUCACUUGAAUUUGGCCGUCGGGAGACGUGCCGAGGACUUGAAUGCGACGUGGAUACGCGAGCUGAGGCAAAAAUACCACAUGCAUUGGCUGAAUCACGCCGUUCUGGAGCCUGAGAGUGACCAGUUGAAAAGAGUCGGGGAUCGAGUCAAAGACCAAACGCUGCUCCUAGAAGAGCUCGUGGCUCAAAUCCUAUCUAAGAUAAGAGAUUACGUCAUGGAAGAAACCGACGCCCUAUCCAUCGACUGCGUAAUAGUGGUUCCGACACAUUGGACGUGUCCGCAGCGCCAGGCCAUCUUGGACGCCGCGGUCAUCGCGAAGGUCGGCGUCCUAUCUCUUAUCAACCAAAACUUGGCUUUGGCCAUAAAGUAUUCCACCGACCUCAACAUCGUGUCGAACACGCCUUACUAUGCCUUAUUCUACGAUUUCGGCGAGUCCAACCUCCAAGUAUCCCUCUAUCAGUUUCAGCUCGGUGCGAGCUCGAAAAACACAAAAAAUCUUGUACCCAAUUUGAACAUUUUGGCACACUUCGGCGACGAGCUUGGUGGCAUCGACUUUGACAAUCGCAUCAUCGAGCUGCUGCUCCGCCGUCUCAAGGGGAAAGUCAGCGACCAGCUGUUGCAGGAACCGCGAACACUCUCGAAACUUCAAAUCCACGCAAGACAUGCCAAAGAAGUCUUGUCGGCUAACAGGUUUGUCCAGGUCUCUAUCGAUAGCCUCACCCCGGACUUCGACUUCGAAACCCUCAUCACUCGCGCGGAGUUCGAGGACGCCGUCAAAGACCUCCUCGACCGAGCCAUCGCUCCUAUACAAAGCGUUCUAGAAAAAUCAAAUCUCACGCUCGACCGAAUUCACGCGUUCGAAGUUUUCGGCGCCAGCACGCGUAUCCCGAAACUCCAAGAAAUGCUGGCCAACUCCCUCGCUCCCGUCUCUCCCGGAAGGCGCCUCAACACCAACGAGGCGGCCGCCUUAGGCGCGGCCCUCUACGGCGCCAUGCUGAGCUCUCAAUCUAGAAUGAGGGAGUACAACUUAGAAAGAGCCUCCUUCGUUUCGCAGCCGACCCAGGUAAACGUGUCGAAAGAUUCCAGCUCUGCCUGGGAAGAUCUCCCCCGUGCAGCUGACGACUCUGUCUACAGCAAGUUCACCGACGCCAUCAAGGCCGACGCCUGCUCGCAAAUCCUCCCAGAUCUCCUGCGCCUGAGUUCAGCAUCGUUCACCGGCGAAUUCUGGACUUUUCGUGGCAUUUGUGAGCACCGAAGCGGCAAAAUCCACGACGCCAUUUCGUCGUUCAGAAUCGCCGUCCGCCUCGACCCUGAAUAUGUCAUGGCAUGGAACAACCUCGGCGUCGUGCUAGAUGAAAUCGGCAACUUCACCGAAGCCAUUCAGUCCUUCGACACCGCUCUAACCUAUCAGCCCACCUUCCUGAAAAGCAUCUGCAACAAAGCCAACACGCUGCUUCAUCUCAACCAAUCCGAAAACGCGGCACUUCUCGUCAAUCAGGCCAUCGAAACCGAACCCAACUCUCCCAUUCCGUGGUAUGUCCUCACUCAAAUCUAUCUCGCCUCAAACAAUACCGACAUGGCGCUAAGGGCUAUUUCUCGCGCCCUCGACCUCCAACCAUCUCACCUAGCUUUCAAAAUAUCCCAGUGUCAAAUUCUCGCGCGAGACGAACACUCAAACGCGCCCGAAUGUACCGACCUUCUCAACGCGACCACCAUUCUCGACUUUCGCGGUAUGAGCUUCGCCCUCGACGAACUGGCUAUACAAAGCCCUCCUAGCGCCCUCGAUGGCAACCACACCGCGCUGUUCGCGCAAGGCACCUUCUUCAACUCGAAGAAAACCCUAAAAUACCAAACCACCCACAAUCUCCUCGUCCAACUCUCCUACCCAGAUGCCACCCCCCUCCCCCACGGAAUUCCGCGGGACCUCGAAUCCUACCUCGUCUCCUGGCCCCCCGUAGACGAGUUGGCCAAGUCACAACGUACCAUCAUCGGGUCAACCGUCAAACUCAUCUUCGAAAUCAGCCGCAGCGGCCAUUUGCUCCUCUCUAAAGCCAACGCGGCCGUAACCUACCUCGACGUAUUCACGCAGACCUCUCCUCCCAGCGACGAAGCCCCCGACACCCCGCCACCUGUCAACGGAACCCUCGCAGAAGACCUGUCAAACCCUUCAGCGACCAACGAUACACAAAAUGUCGUACCCACAAAUCAACCAGAAGAAGUGCACUUUUACGGCGUAGAAACCGUCAAGUUGAAUGUGACCAAGCUAGGACGUCUCGGCCUAUCUCCCGCCAAGCUCAAGGAAUGUCAGGCCCGCUUGGAAUCGCUGGACCACGAAGACCGAGUCAUCCGCGAAAACGACCACAUUCGCAGCGACUUGGAGUCCAUGUCGUACGGCGUCUCCGAGCUCCUGGAAGAUGAUCAAUUUCGAAAAUUCUCUACCGAAGAGGAGCGAGCGGUCCUCUCCUCCAAGGCGUCGGAGUACAUAGAAAUGCUAGAAAGCACUGAAAAAACAGACAAAGAAACGUUUUCUGUAUACAGAUCCGACCUCUCCAACCUUAUAAACAUUGUCAAGAGCCGCAUUUCCGAGCACGUGAAGUUUCCAAAAACUGUCGAUGAGUGCGGUAUCAAACUCGGUGCGUCCAGGAUUCGUCUAGACGAAAUCAUCAAAGUGCACGACUUGACAGACGACGAAAUUUCAGAAGCGAGUUCUCUCCUCAAUUCGACGUCGGAACUUGUCAAAUCCUCGCAGCAGGCAAUCAGCAAAAAGCCGCUCACGGAGGACUAUGAAAUGACCAGCGAAGAGCUGAUGAGAGAAUGCAAUCGCAUCGUCAGUCUUAUCGACAAGUUGAACAAAAGGCCAAAAAAAAAAGUCAACACCGAAGCGCCUCCUAACGACAGCACCGCGCCAGAAGAGACAAAUCAAAAGGAUGAACUCUGAGGUGAUGCCUUUUGUCGUACAGCUCUUCUUUAAGAUAUGACAGAAGUGUCUGAAAACCAACAAGGCGCUCAUUUUUGAGCGGCGAGUGCCAAAAAAAAAACCAAGGAAAAAGA